AUUAAAAUAUUGGAAAACCUAAGAACCAAAUAAUAUCUAUGUAUUAUGUUUCCUUUCUAUAGGUUGUUUAGCUCACGAGUAUAUAAGUAGAGAAACAUGAGAAAUAUGGAGUUAUGUUUAGGGACUAUUCUCGGAAUGUAUGUCAUGAUAGAUACACAUAUUAAUAUUCAUUUAGGUGAUAUUAUAUUGGAGGCAUACGUGAAAAUAAUUAUCUGUAAUUUCAGACUGUCGUUCUUGUUCUCGAUAAGUUGCCGUCAUUAGGUUACAAAUUGAUUGAAUAAUAUCCUUUUUUUUUUUAUUAUUAAUCACUGGGUUUAUAAAAAAUACAGACGAAAUAACCAUGAUUGGAGCGAUGCCUGCUGUGGCCGUCCGCCAUGAGCGGCGGAGACAGGAGAAAAAAGUGGUAUGCGUGAAUAAUCUGAACAUCGGUGACCGAGAAGGUACUUCGUAUACGACUGGAAAUCGAAGACCGAGUCUCUUGACUCUGCAAUCUCCACACUCGCAGACUGGCACUCCGAUCACAUCUCCACCGUAUGCCCAAAACACACUGCCAGAUAUCUAUGUCUGCUCAAAAAUAUCGGUGUUGCAUAUAGCUGUAGUGACUAUACUGAUUGGGGCUAUACUUCUGAUAGUGGGCCUAGUCCAGUUGAAGCCAGGAGCAGACGCAUCGCAGUACAAAUUCCUGUUGAUCUUUUCUGGUCUUUUCACCACGUUGAUUGGUAUUCUUAUGGCUAUAAUCCGAUGCUGCCUGCUACCAUGGGUUAUUAAAAGACGUCAGAGAAGAUCUACUCCGUCAACACCAGGAUUGCUUAUGACUGCGUAGGACAUGAUAUGUACAUAAAGCGUAUAAAAUGAUUAAGUUCUGCUUUUAUCGGCUUAACACAUACACACAUACAUACACACACACACACACACACACACACACACACCACAAAAUUGUCGACAAACACAUAGGACAUAAGUGUAACACCUUGUUGUUUUUAAGAUAUCAAAUUUUAAGUUAGAUAUUAAUUUUUAUUUUUCACGUUUUUGUCCAUAAAAACAAUCACUGGAAGAAAUCGUCUUCCAUCGUUUCUAGUUUGAAUGCAAUCGACGUACGAGUCUGUGAUUUAACUUUUGCAAACAUUUAUUUGGUUUCAGUACGGCAAGAAAACGUUUAUAUGAUUUGUUAAUUUUAAUGUUGGAAUACUUCAAUUGAUAAGUUUAAAGCUACUCGGGGUUUAUUGUUUGGAAUCAUUUAUUUAUUUGUUAUUCAGUUAAAUAUAAUUUUAUUUCAUAAAUAUAUAUCCACAUUAAUAAUUAUAAAUGGCACAUGGCUUAUUAGUUAAUUACCAGCAAUUUUUACGUGUUGCUGAUUUGUAUCAUACAAGUAUACUUUUUUCAAGUACCUAAAGUAUUUUUGGGACCAAAAAUAUAAUCAACCAACAUUUUUGGAUAAUAGUCCGAUUCACAUGCUACAUAUCUCUAAAUAGUUUAUCAUAAAUAAGUAAUGUUUUCAUUUUUUUUUUUUUUUUUUUUUUUUGCGUAAUUUAAAUCUGAGUAUCUGUUUUAUUAUUGUUUGUUGGACCUAUGGUUAUUUAUUUGGUUAGUUUUAAUUACUUCAAUGAAGUACCUAUAUGAACUUAUUUAAUAUUCUAGUUAAUUUUUAAGUUGAGACAGAAAAAUCAUGACAGCUCAAACUUUGAUUUAUACCAUAAUUUCUUAAAUCUUCCAUUAUUAUCCUUUGCAUAUAUAAUUUUGAAUAAUGUGACUGACCUUUAACAUAAUUGACCAAAGUUUAAUUUAAAUAUUUAACCGAUAAAUCAAAAAACCGCAAUGUCCUAAUCAAAAUAUAGCCAUUUUAUGAUUCGCUCAAAUUUUAAUUUUAAUUAAGUAUGUUCUAUAUUAUUAUUUAAUGGCUUACCUAACAUAAAUUUGUUUAAAGAAACAAAGAAUGAAUUAUUUAAAUUCACAACAAAAAUUCAAUCAUUUCGUUAGUGCCAUUUUGACAUAAAUGAUGAUUUAUCCUUACAAACUGAAUUUUAAAACAAAGUUGAAAUAAUCUUGAAGCCAA